UCCACCACCAACGCCAGCAUUCAACGGGCGUGCUAUAUUCAAUCUUCACUGCAAAUCUCAAAGGCGAAGUGUGUAAUCGAAGAGGUCUUGGGUUAUGGGCUGUGUCUAUUGAUGAGAUACUUGAACCACCGCCGUGCGGACUAGACGUGACAUAGAGGCUAUCUACGCAUAGCGACUCGGUAGGUCAUUGUUCAUGUCUAUCCGUCUCAGUCCAUCUCUCCUCAUCUCGUCCAACAUCUACUAUCGCCAUGGCGUACGCGGAUCCAUCAGCUGCGCGAAGCACUCCCUGGCCUGCCGUCAUCUACCAGAAUGCGGAACGCGACAUCAUCCUAAUCGACAUACCCACGUCAAUCGCAGCCGCUCAAGGACGCUCGGAUAUUCUUCUAUCUACCCCACCGCUGGAAGUCCCAAUUGAACCAAAGGAGGAGUACCGGCCGAAGGCAUCGAGAAUGAGAAUGACGCAGACGCCCGACUUCGCGCAGCAUGAAGAGUACAAAGCCCUCAUCGAGCAAGCACUUGCCGAGAUUCGCACCCAUGUUUCAAGCCCCUGGUGUGCACCACGGAAGUUCCUAGCCCAAGCACCACAUCGUAGGUACGAGGACCUAGCAGUCGAUCAUCCAGAAAAGGAGCUAGAGUCCCGACUGAGGGAGUGGGCCGCAUGGAGGGAAAGUAAGGGAGACAAUACUGCGUUCGAUCUGCAGAAGAUGAUGGCUUCGCUCGGUGCGACAUCCGAGUACGAGGCCAUGGCUGCAGAUGCAGUUACACAGACGUGGAUGGUGUCGUACCGCCCUGCACGUGAGGCCAUGAACGGUGCACAGGCCGCCGAAACGGUCGCCCAUGCGCAGAGUGAACCAUGGACGUCUACCUUUCACAAUCCAGAAGACCUCUCCCUGGAGCUGGCUAUUUCUCGACAAGCUCAGCUGGGUCAAGAGUAUCGUUUCACAAUCCCACCUCGGUCCACUCUCUUUCUUAGUGAUUCCACGCACUCGGAUGCCUUCCGUACCUCGUUUCGUCAGCUAACAGACGAGUACACGCUUCCACGACACUUUGAUCUAGUAUUGCUGGAUCCUCCCUGGCCCAAUCGUUCUGCCAAGCGGAAGGGCGCCUACGAACAAUGUGGAGGGGUGCCGUAUCUGAAGAAAAUGCUGCUUAGAAUGGACAUUGAUAGCUACCUGGAGCACAACGCUCUGGUGGGCAUUUGGAUUACGAACAAGAAGUCGCUGAGAGAGCAUGUGCUAGGCCCAGGUGGUCUGUUUGAGACAUGGAAUGUGGGUCUGAUUGAGGAGUGGAUAUGGAUCAAGACGACGACCAAAGGCGAGCCCAUGUUUGACAUUGACGACCCGAUGCGAAAGCCGUAUGAAGUCAUGCUCCUGGGGCGGGCAGCUCCUAGUAACUGGACAACAAUGCAACACUCGCCAUCCGUCAAGAGGCGAGUUAUCGUGGCUGUACCGGAUAUCCACUCACGAAAACCGUGCCUAAAGGAGUUGCUUGAGCCAUAUAUGCGGGACCCGAAGGACUACAGCGCGCUUGAAAUCUUCUCAAGAUAUCUCGUGGCCGGGUGGACGUCUUGGGGUAACGAGGCACUGAAGUACAACUGGGACAAGUAUUGGGCAGCAAAUGUUUUAGGCCAGAGUGCUUCGGAACAAACGUUGCCCAUACGAAGCAUCUGACGCGGUCGAUGCCGAGUUGGGAAAAAAGGCCGUGGCAUGGACAAUCUCUCUUUGCCCGUAAAUCAAACAUAAUAAUCAAACGUGCUUAACAAUGAAACAUUCAAGUCCAACG